AUGAAACCAGUACGCUCUGCAGACGGAAAGAUCGUUGCGAGAGCAUUAGAAGAACUCAUCAUAUUCAGAUGGGAAACACCUGACUACUUACUGACCGAUAAUGGGAAAGAAUACGUUAAUAAACACUUAGACAGCAUGUUACAGGAAUAUGGCAUCAAACACAACACGACGGUACCAUAUCAUCCACAAGCCAACCCCGUCGAAAGAAGUAAUAGAUCGACACUGAAACCAGAAAAUUGGACUGAAAGGCUGAAAAAAUUAAAAUACCUACAUGAAAUAGUUAAAAGGAACCUAGAGAAAACACAUGAGAAAAUGGCUGACCAUAUCAAUAUAGGGAGAAAGUUGACCGAAUAUAAAACCGGUGACCUAGUAUUGAUAAAAACGCAUCACCUAUCGAAUGCAGCAAAUAAAUUCUCGACCAAAUUAGGCGAAAAAUAUGAAGGACCUUUCAAAUUGCUAGAUAAACUCUUAAACACAGUAUUUACCAUCGAGACACUGACGAAGAAAAAAGUUGGCAAAGUUCAUAUUGAACAGUUAAAAAAAUUUAAGAGCCCUGACAAAAAUAACUAUGACCUUAGAUCAAACAAAGACCAAACUAAAGAAAAAGAAGAUAGAUAA